GAAGCAGGCAGCAGCUAGCUUACGAGCAGCACGCAGACGUAGUAAGCAAUACCGAGCCACACUGACAUAUUAGCGAUCGCGGCGAGGCGACGAUGUCGAUGAGGAGUCUGCUGGUGCUCGCUCUGGUGGUCGCGGCCGCGGCGUGCCUCGCGGCGCCGCGCGGCGCGCACGGGGCCGGCGAGUGCGGGAAGACGCCGGCGGACAAGAUGGCGCUCAAGCUGGCGCCGUGCGCGUCGGCGGGGCAGGACCCCAAGUCGGCGCCGUCCAGCGGGUGCUGCGCGGCGGUGCACACCAUCGGCAAGCAGAGCCCCAAGUGCCUCUGCGCCGUCAUGCUCUCCGACACCGCCAAGAGCGCCGGCAUCAAGCCGGAGGCCGCCAUGUCCAUCCCCAAGCGCUGCAACCUCGUCGACCGCCCGGUCGGCUACAAGUGCGGAGCUUACACUCUGCCCUGAGCCACUGAGCCCUGAGGCCACUUGAUGCGCUGGCGAUGAAUGGAUGCUGCUGAGUGUUGUUUAUCAAGCACGAAUAAUGUUAGUUCCAUGAUGUGGAACGCCCUGUUUCAGAGGUGUAUGUACUGCCUCUGUGUUAUGUUCUUGAGUAUGAGUACCUUUGUUUCUCGAGGGUGUUGCAGCUAUCCGAGCUAUGCCCCAGAAUAAUAAAAGAGUUAUGUUCGUCAGCAAA